CCGGGCGGGCACCUGGCGGGCGCCGAGGACACGGUCGGGGCGCGAGACGCCGCGCGGGGCUGACGCCGCAGGGCCGCGCUUGGCGUUGCCGCGCCGCAGCCCAACUUUCUGCUAAGAAGUCCCACAUUUGGGGGCAGGAGGAGCGGGGCGGGGAGGGGAGAGCGGAGUUCCUGGAAGGAGCAGCAGUUUCAGAACCACAACAUGGCCUCCUCCACCUCCUCCUCUCCAGCGGGCGCCGGGAGCACCCCUCCGGCUCAGGGUGGCUAUGGAUUCGACUAUUCACAAAGCUCUAGACAGUCUGAUGCCAAUGCAAGUUACUUAAGAGCAGCUCGAGCUGGACAUUUAGAAAAGGCUCUUGACUACAUAAAAAAUGGAGUUGACAUCAACAUUUGCAAUCAGAAUGGGUUGAACGCUCUCCAUCUUGCUUCCAAAGAAGGCCAUGUAGAAGUUGUUUCUGAACUGCUACAAAGAGAAGCCAAUGUGGAUGCAGCAACAAAGAAAGGAAACACAGCAUUGCAUAUAGCGUCUUUGGCUGGGCAAGCAGAGGUGGUCAAGGUCUUGGUUACCAAUGGAGCCAAUGUCAAUGCACAAUCUCAGAAUGGGUUCACACCACUGUAUAUGGCAGCCCAGGAAAACCACCUGGAAGUUGUCAAGUUUCUUCUUGACAAUGGUGCAAGCCAGAGCCUAGCCACAGAGGAUGGCUUCACACCAUUGGCAGUAGCUUUGCAACAAGGUCAUGAUCAAGUGGUUUCACUCCUGCUAGAAAAUGACACUAAAGGAAAAGUGCGUCUUCCGGCUCUUCAUAUCGCCGCCCGAAAAGACGACACAAAGGCUGCCGCCCUUCUGCUGCAGAACGACAACAACGCGGAUGUGGAAUCAAAGAUGGUGGUGAAUAGAACAACAGAGAGUGGCUUCACUCCGCUCCACAUAGCUGCUCACUAUGGAAAUAUCAAUGUAGCCACGUUGCUGUUAAACCGAGCGGCUGCUGUGGACUUCACUGCAAGGAAUGACAUCACUCCUUUACAUGUUGCAUCAAAAAGAGGAAACGCCAAUAUGGUAAAACUAUUGCUUGAUAGAGGAGCUAAAAUCGAUGCCAAAACAAGGGACGGCCUGACGCCGCUGCACUGUGGAGCAAGGAGUGGCCACGAGCAGGUGGUGGAAAUGCUGCUCGAUCGCGCUGCCCCCAUUCUUUCAAAAACCAAGAAUGGACUGUCUCCAUUGCACAUGGCCACACAAGGGGAUCACUUAAACUGUGUCCAGCUUCUCCUCCAGCAUAACGUGCCCGUGGACGACGUCACCAAUGACUACCUGACUGCCCUACACGUGGCUGCCCACUGUGGCCAUUACAAAGUCGCCAAGGUGCUCUUGGACAAGAAAGCUAACCCCAAUGCCAAAGCCCUGAAUGGCUUUACCCCCCUGCAUAUUGCCUGCAAGAAGAAUCGAAUUAAAGUAAUGGAGCUCCUUCUGAAACACGGUGCGUCCAUCCAAGCUGUAACCGAGUCGGGCCUUACUCCAAUCCAUGUUGCUGCCUUCAUGGGGCAUGUAAAUAUCGUGUCGCAGCUAAUGCAUCACGGGGCCUCGCCAAAUACCACCAAUGUGAGAGGAGAAACCGCGCUACACAUGGCAGCCCGGUCCGGCCAAGCUGAAGUCGUGCGGUAUCUGGUGCAAGACGGAGCUCAGGUAGAAGCUAAAGCUAAGGAUGACCAGACCCCACUGCACAUUUCUGCCAGAUUGGGAAAGGCAGAUAUAGUACAACAGCUGUUGCAGCAAGGAGCGUCUCCCAAUGCAGCCACAACUUCUGGGUACACCCCACUCCACCUGUCGGCCCGAGAGGGCCAUGAGGACGUAGCCACAUUCCUUUUGGAUCACGGUGCAUCUCUGUCAAUAACAACAAAGAAAGGAUUUACUCCCCUUCACGUGGCAGCAAAAUAUGGGAAGCUUGAAGUAGCCAAUCUCCUGCUACAGAAAAGUGCAUCUCCAGAUGCUGCUGGGAAGAGCGGGCUAACUCCACUGCAUGUAGCUGCACAUUACGAUAAUCAGAAAGUGGCUCUUCUGCUUUUGGACCAAGGAGCCUCACCUCAUGCGGCUGCAAAGAAUGGUUAUACACCACUGCACAUCGCUGCCAAAAAGAACCAGAUGGACAUAGCAACAACUCUGCUGGAAUAUGGGGCUGAUGCAAAUGCAGUUACCCGGCAAGGAAUUGCUUCUGUCCAUCUUGCAGCUCAGGAAGGUCAUGUGGACAUGGUGUCACUGCUUCUCAGCAGAAAUGCUAAUGUGAACCUGAGCAAUAAGAGUGGCCUGACCCCGCUCCAUCUGGCUGCUCAAGAAGACAGAGUGAAUGUGGCUGAAGUCCUCGUAAACCAAGGGGCACACGUGGAUGCCCAGACAAAGAUGGGAUACACACCACUCCACGUGGGCUGCCACUAUGGGAACAUCAAGAUCGUUAAUUUCCUGCUCCAGCAUUCAGCAAAAGUUAAUGCCAAAACAAAGAAUGGGUAUACACCGCUACAUCAAGCAGCCCAACAGGGACACACACACAUAAUAAACGUCCUCCUUCAGAACAGUGCUUCCCCCAACGAGCUCACUGUGAAUGGGAACACUGCCCUAGCCAUCGCCCGUCGGCUUGGCUACAUCUCAGUGGUUGACACCCUGAAGGUGGUGACUGAGGAGACCACCACCACGACGACUAUCAUUGAGAAGCACAAAAUGAAUGUUCCAGAAACAAUGAAUGAAGUUCUUGAUAUGUCCGAUGAUGAAGUUCGUAAAGCCAAUGCCCCAGAAAUGCUCAGUGAUGGCGAAUAUAUCUCAGAUGUGGAAGAAGGUGAUAGAUGCACAUGGUAUAAAAUUUCCAAAGUACAAGAGUUUAUGGUGAAAAGUGAAGACGCAAUGACCGGGGACACUGACAAAUAUCUUGGGCCACAGGACCUUAAGGAGCUGGGAGAUGAUUCUCUGCCUGCAGAAGGCUAUAUGGGCUUCAGUCUUGGGGCUCGUUCUGCCAGUCCCAAGAUCAGCCUCCGCUCCUUCAGUUCGGAUAGGUCUUACACCUUGAACAGAAGCUCCUACGCCCGGGACAGCAUGAUGAUCGAGGAACUCCUUGUGCCAUCUAAAGAGCAGCAUCUAACAUUCACAAGAGAAUUUGACUCAGAUUCUCUUAGACAUUACAGCUGGGCUGCAGACACCUUGGACAAUGUUAAUCUUGUCUCAAGUCCUGUUCACUCUGGGUUUCUGGUGAGCUUUAUGGUGGAUGCACGAGGCGGCUCCAUGAGAGGAAGCCGUCACCACGGAAUGAGAAUCAUCAUACCCCCACGCAAGUGCACAGCCCCCACCCGAAUCACCUGCCGUUUGGUAAAGAGACAUAAACUGGCCCACCCACCGCCCAUGGUGGAAGGAGAGGGAUUAGCCAGUAGGCUGGUAGAAAUGGGUCCUGCAGGGGCACAAUUUUUAGGCCCUGUCAUAGUGGAAAUCCCUCACUUUGGGUCUAUGAGAGGAAAAGAGAGAGAACUCAUUGUUCUUCGAAGCGAAAAUGGUGAAACAUGGAAGGAGCAUCAAUUUGACAGUAAAAAUGAAGAUUUAACUGACUUACUUAAUGGAAUGGAUGAAGAACUUGAUAGCCCAGAAGAGUUAGGGAAAAAGCGUAUCUGCAGGAUUAUCACUAAGGAUUUCCCCCAGUAUUUUGCAGUGGUUUCCCGGAUUAAGCAGGAAAGCAACCAGAUCGGUCCUGAAGGUGGAAUUCUGAGCAGCACCACUGUGCCCCUCGUCCAGGCCUCUUUCCCAGAGGGUGCUUUAACCAAAAGAAUCCGAGUGGGCCUCCAGGCCCAACCUGUUCCAGAUGAAAUUGUGAAAAAGAUCCUUGGAAACAAAGCAACAUUUAGCCCGAUCGUCACUGUGGAACCAAGGAGGAGGAAAUUCCAUAAACCCAUCACAAUGACCAUACCGGUACCCCCACCCUCAGGAGAAGGUGUAGCCAAUGGGUACAAAGGGGACACCACUCCCAAUCUGCGCCUUCUCUGCAGCAUCACAGGGGGCACCUCACCUGCUCAGUGGGAAGACAUCACCGGAACUACUCCUUUGACAUUUAUAAAGGAUUGUGUCUCUUUUACAACCAAUGUUUCAGCCAGAUUUUGGCUUGCAGACUGCCAUCAAGUUUUAGAAACUGUGGGAUUAGCCACACAACUGUACAGAGAAUUAAUAUGUGUUCCAUAUAUGGCCAAGUUUGUUGUUUUUGCCAAAAUGAAUGAUCCUGUAGAAUCCUCCCUGCGAUGUUUCUGCAUGACAGACGACAAAGUGGACAAAACUUUAGAGCAGCAAGAGAAUUUUGAGGAAGUUGCAAGAAGCAAAGAUAUUGAGGUUCUGGAAGGAAAACCUAUUUAUGUUGAUUGUUAUGGAAAUCUGGCCCCACUUACCAAAGGAGGGCAGCAACUUGUUUUUAACUUCUAUGCUUUCAAAGAAAACAGAUUGCCAUUUUCCAUCAAGAUUAGAGACACCAGCCAAGAGCCCUGUGGUCGUCUGUCUUUUCUGAAAGAACCAAAGACAACAAAAGGACUGCCUCAAACAGCUGUUUGCAACUUAAAUAUCACUCUGCCAGCACAUAAAAAGGAGACAGAGUCAGAUCAAGAUGAUGAGACCGAGAAGACAGAUAGAAGACAGAGCUUUGCAUCUUUAGCUUUACGUAAGCGCUACAGCUACUUGACUGAGCCUGGAAUGAAAACAGUUGAACGGAGUGCAGGAGCAACAAGAUCCCUCCCCACCACUUACUCAUACAAGCCAUUCUUUUCUACAAGACCAUACCAGUCCUGGACAGCAGCUCCGAUUACAGUGCCUGGGCCGGCCAAGUCGGGCUUCACUUCCUUAUCAAGUUCUUCCUCUAAUACUCCAUCAGCUUCUCCAUUAAAAUCAAUAUGGUCUGUUUCGACUCCUUCUCCAAUCAAAUCCACGUUAGGCGCGUCAACUACAUCUUCAGUUAAAUCCAUUAGUGAUGUGGCAUCUCCAAUUAGAUCCUUUCGGACAAUUUCUUCGCCAAUAAAAACAGUGGUGUCACAAUCUCCGUACAAUAUCCAAGUUCCCUCUGGUACCCUGGUUAGAGCUCCCGCAGUCACGGAGGCCUCACCUUUAAAAGGGCUGGCAUCCAGUUCCACAUUUUCCUCUCGAACCUCUCCUGUGACUACAGCAGGGUCUCUCCUGGAGAGGUCAUCAAUAACUAUGACACCCCCGGCCUCCCCCAAGUCAAACAUUAACAUGUAUUCCUCAAGUUUGCCAUUUAAGUCAAUUAUCACAUCAGCAGCACCACUCAUAUCUUCACCUUUAAAGUCAGUGGCGUCGCCAGCCAAAGCAGCAGUUGAUGUUAUUUCAUCAGCUAAAGUUACCAUGGCCUCUUCUCUCUCAUCACCUGUGAAACAGAUGCCUGGACAUGCAGAGGUAGCAUUAGUUAAUGGAUCUAUUUCCCCUCUGAAAUAUCCAUCAUCUUCAACUCUGAUUAAUGGAUGCAAAGCCACUGCCACAUUACAGGAAAAAAUGUCUACAGCUACAAACUCUGUGAGCUCUGUGGUUAAUGCAGCCACGGACACGGUUGAGAAAGUGUUUUCUACCACAACAGCAAUGCCGUUUUCCCCACUCAGGUCCUAUGUUUCUUCAGCACCAUCAGCUUUUCAGUCUCUAAGAACUCCUUCCGCAAGUGCACUCUAUACAUCUCUUGGGUCGUCAAUAUCUGCAACUACCUCAUCUGUAACUUCAUCAAUAAUAACAGUGCCAGUAUACUCUGUAGUCAAUGUUUUGCCAGAACCAGCAUUAAAGAAACUUCCAGACUCAAAUUCACUUACAAAAUCAGCAGCAGCCUUGCUGUCACCCAUUAAAACAUUGACUACGGAGACGCAUCCUCAGCCCCAUUUCAAUCGAACUUCAUCUCCAGUUAAAUCAUCCAUGUUCCUUGCACCCUCUGCCCUUAAGUUGUCUACAGCAUCUUCUUUAUCUUCCAGUCAGGAGAUACUAAAAGAUGUGGCUGAAAUGAAAGAGGACCUCAUGCGGAUGACUGCCAUACUGCAGACGGAUGUGCCUGAGGAGAAGCCCUUCCGCCCUGAGCCCCCAAAGGAGGGGAGGAUGGAUGACGAAGAACCUUUCAGAAUUGUUGAGAAAGUGAAGGAAGACUUAGUGAAAGUUAGUGAAAUCCUUAAAAAAGAUGUGUGUGUCGAUAAUAAAGGACCACCCAAAUCACCAAAGAGUGACAAAGGACAUUCUCCUGAAGAUGACUGGAUAGAAUUUAGUUCAGAAGAACUAAGGGAAGCACGACAGCAAGCCGCUGUGAGCCAUUCUCCGUCUCUGCCCGAGAGAGUGCAAGGAAGAGCAAAGGCCACCUCUGAAAAGGAUUACAACUUGACCAAAGUCAUUGAUUACCUGACAAAUGAUAUUGGGAGCAGUUCGCUGACCAACUUAAAGUACAAGUUUGAGGAUGCAAAGAAGGAUGGUGAAGAGAGACAGAAAAGAAUUCUAAAACCCGCGAUCGCUUUGCAGGAACACAAACUCAAAAUGCCUCCAGCCUCCAUGAGGCCUUCCACCUCUGAGAAAGAGUUAUGCAAAAUGGCUGAUUCCUUUUUUGGAACAGAUACCAUUUUAGAGUCUCCAGAUGACUUUUCUCAACAUGACCAAGAUAAAAGUCCCUUGUCUGACAGUGGCUUUGAAACAAGAAGUGAAAAAACACCUUCAGCCCCCCAAAGCGCUGAAAGCACUGGUCCGAAGCCACUUUUCCAUGAAGUCCCCAUCCCUCCUGUUAUCACAGAAACAAGAACUGAAGUGGUUCAUGUCAUCAGGAGCUAUGAGCCCUCAGCUGGAGAUGCUCCCCAGGCCCAAGCAGAAGAGCCUGUGUCACCCAAACCUCCACAUACCUUUAUGGAACUGGAACCAAAGCCCGCCACUUCCAGUAUUAAGGAAAAAGUUAAAGCAUUUCAGAUGAAAGCCAGUAGUGAAGAAGAUGACCACAAUCGAGUAUUGAGCAAAGGCAUGCGUGUUAAAGAGGAGACUCACAUAACCACAACCACCAGAAUGGUUUAUCAUUCUCCACCAGCCAGUGAAGGUGCCUCUGAGAGGAUCGAAGAAACCAUGUCCGUCCAUGACAUUAUGAAGGCCUUUCAGUCUGGGCGGGACCCUUCCAAAGAACUGGCAGGUCUGUUUGAACAUAAGUCAGCAGUGUCUCCAGAUGGUCCCAAGUCUGCUGCUGACUCCUCAGCCCAGCAUGCAGAGAAGGACAACCAAAUGAAACCCAAACUGGAGCGUAUAAUAGAAGUCCACAUCGAAAAAGGUAACCAAGCUGAGCCCACUGAAGUCAUUAUUAGAGAAACCAAAAAGCAUCCAGAAAAGGAAAUGUAUGUGUAUCAGAAAGACUUAUCCCGGGGAGAUAUUAACCUAAAAGAUUUUCUGCCAGAAAAACACGAUGCUUUCCCUUGUUCAGAGGAACAGGGUCAGCAAGAAGAAGAGGAACUUACUGCUGAAGAGUCACUGCCUUCUUAUCUGGAGUCUUCCAGAGUAAACACUCCUGUGUCCCAAGAAGAAGAUAGUCGCCCUAGUUCUGCUCAGCUCGUAUCUGAUGACUCUUACAAAACAUUGAAGCUUUUGAGUCAACACUCAAUAGAAUACCAUGACGAUGAGUUGUCAGAACUAAGAGGGGAGUCUUACAGGUUUGCUGAGAAAAUGCUUCUGUCAGAAAAGCUAGAUGUAUCUCAGUCUGAUACUGAGGAAUCAGUUACAGACCAUGCAGGACCCCCUAGCUCAGAGUUACAGCGGUCUGAUAAACGGUCCAGAGAAAAAGUAGUCACUGCCCCCAAAAAAGAAAUUCUCUCCAAAAUCUGUAAAGAUGUGUCUGAAAAUGGUGUAGGUAAAGUGUCUAAAGAUGAGCAUUUUGAUAAAGUGACAGUGUUGCACUAUUCUGGCGAUGUUAGUAGUCCAAAACAUGCCAUGUGGAUGCGCUUUACUGAGGACAGAUUAGACAGAGGCAGAGAGAAGUUGAUAUAUGAAGAUAGGGUGGACAGGACUGUGAAGGAAGCUGAAGAAAAACUGACUGAAGUGUCACAGUUUUUUCGUGACAAAACCGAAAAGCUAAACGAUGAGCUGCGGUCCCCAGAGAAAAAGCCACGCCCUCGAAAUGGCAAAGAGUACUCGCCUCCAUGCUCUACUGGUAGCAGCCCUGACACAGCCCUGCUGCCAGGACUGGUGGCGCCCAGUGACGAGUGGGUUAAGGCAAGGCAGCAUGGCCGUGACAGACAAGGCCUCCCCGCAGCCAGCGAGAGCAAGGCAUCCAGUGUGCCCAGCAGUCCAGAGAACAAGGAUCUUCCCCAGCAGACUGAGGACAGCAGGUCCACCGAGGAAGCCAAGGAAAGUACUUCACAGAGCAAAGCACCAGAAGGGCCCCAGUCUGGGUUUCAGCUCAAACAGUCUAAACUCAGUUCCAUUAGACUAAAAUUUGAACAAGGCACACAGGCAAAAAUUAAGGACAUGUCUCAAGAGGACAAAAAGCCUGAUAGCCAAUCCAGGAUCCCAGUUAAGAAAAUCCAGGAGAGCAAGCUACCUGUCUACCAAGUUUUUGCUAGAGAAAAACAGCAGAAGGCCAUAGACCUCUCAGAAGAAAAUGUGUCUGUACAAAACGACUUUAUGUUGUUGAAAGCUAAAGAUGAGCGUGCCCAAAGCAAUGAGAUUAUUGUAAAUGAUUCUGGCUCUGACGAUGUGAGAAAACAGAGAGCGGAGAUGUCAAGUAAAGCAAUGCCUGACUCUUUUUCUGAGCAACAGGCUAAAGACUUGGCAUGUCAUGUAACCUCAGAUUUAGCAACUAAGGGACCAUGGGACAGAAAGGUCUUUAGAACAUGGGAAAGUUCUGGAGCCAUUAACAAUAAGCCACAGAAAGAAAAACUUUCACACAUGCUUGUUCAUGAUGUAAGAGAGAAUCACACUGGUCACCCUGAGAGUAAAACUGUUGAUCAAAGAAAUGAAGUUGUGUCUGUGACUGAGAGAGAACACCAAUUGUUAACAAAUGGUUCUCUCUCAGAAAUUAAGGAAAUGACUAUAAAAUCUCCCUCCAAAAAGGUCUUAUACAGGGAAUAUGUUGUAAAAGAAGGAGAACACCCAGGUGGACCUCUUGAACAACCUUCCAGGAAAAGUGAGAGUCCUGCCAUGUCACACAUCCCAGUCAGAGCUGCAGAUGAAAGGAAAAUGCUAUCUUCUCAUAUUCCUGAUGGUUUUCGCGAGCAGACGGCAUUCCCAAAACAUGAACUAUCACAAAAGUUACCCCAAUCAUGUCUGAGUAAAGAGACAGUUGAGACACAGCACUUUAAUUCUAUAAAAGAUGAAAAAGUUACCUAUUCAGAAAUCAGCAGAGUUUCCAAACAUCAGAGUUUUGUAGGCUUAUGUCCACCUCUCGAUGACACGGAAACCUCUCCCACCAAAUCUCCUGAUUCUUUAGAGUUUAGCCCAGGAAAGGAAUCUCCUUCUAGCGAUGUAUUUGACCACAGUCCCAUUGAUGGAUUGGAAAAAGUUGCACCACUAGCCCAGACAGAGGGAGGGAAAGAGAUAAAAACUUUACCAGUUUAUGUCAGUUUCGUACAGGUGGGGAAGCAAUAUGAAAAGGAGAUACAACAGGGAAAUGUAAAAAAGAUCGUAAGUCAGGAAUGUAAGACAGUCCAAGAGACCAGGGGGACCUUUUAUACAACUAGACAGCAAAAGCAGCCUCCUUCUCCCCAAGGUAGUCCAGAAGAUGAUACUCUAGAGCAAGUUUCCUUUCUAGACAGUUCUGGGAAAAGCCCUUUAACCCCAGAAACACCCAGUUCAGAGGAAGUGAGUUAUGAAUUUACGUCUAAGACACCAGACUCACUCAUAGCUUAUAUACCAGGCAAACCCAGCCCAAUUCCCGAAGUUUCUGAGGAAUCUGAGGAGGAGGAGCAGGCCAAGUCAGCCUCCUUAAAGCAGACUACAGUGGAGGAAACAGUUGAGCGUGAAAUACCUAACAGUGUGAGCAAAGACUCUAACCAAAGAUCCAAAAAUAACAGAGUUGCCUAUAUUGAAUUUCCCCCUCCUCCACCACUGGAUGAAGACCAGAUCGAGUCAGAUAAGAAACAUCAUUAUGUCCCUGAAAAAGAGGUUGACAUGAUUGAAGUCAGUCUGCAAGAUGAGCAUGACAAAUACCAACUGGCGGAACCAGUCAUCAGAGUGCAGCCACCUUCACCAGUUCCUCCUGGGGCAGACGUCAGUGAUUCGAGUGAUGAUGAAUCUAUUUAUCAACCAGUCCCAGUUAAAAAAUAUACCUUCAAAUUAAAGGAGGUAGACAAUGAACAAAAAGAAAUGACAAAAUCCAAACCUUCUGCUGACAAGCCUUCUGACCAGAAAGAACUGGAAACUAGUGGAUCUGGAAAAGAUAACGAAUUUGGCCUUGGCCUUGAUUCACCUCAGAAUGAAACUGCCCAGAACGGGAACAAUGACCAGUCCAUCACGGAGUGUUCCAUUGCUACCACGGCAGAGUUUUCUCAUGAUACAGAUGCCACAGAGAUCGACUCUCUGGACGGCUAUGACUUGCAAGAUGAGGAUGACGGCUUGACAGAGAGUGAUUCUAAACUCCCAAGUCAAGCCAUGGAAAUUAAGAAAGAUGUGUGGACCACAGAGGGUAUUCUGAAGCCAGCUGAUCGCUCCUUCAGCCAAAGCAAACUUGAAGUUAUUGAGGAGGAGGGAAGGAUGGGACCAGAUGAAGAUAAGCCACCUUCUAAAAGUUCUUCAUCUGAAAAGACCCCUGACAAAACUGAUCAGAAGUCAGGGGCCCAGUUUUUCACAUUAGAAGGCAGACAUCCCGACAGAUCAGUGUUUCCUGAUACUUACUUCAGUUACAAAGUAGAUGAAGAAUUUGCCACUCCUUUUAAAACAGUAGCUACCAAAGGUCUAGAUUUUGACCCUUGGUCUAAUAACCGAGGGGACGAUGAAGUUUUUGACAGUAAAUCCCGGGAAGAUGAAACUAAGCCAUUUGGUCUGGCUGUGGAAGACCGUUCUCCAGCAACGACCCCUGAUACAACGCCAGCCAGAACACCAACUGAUGAAAGUACCCCAACUAGUGAGCCUAACCCCUUCCCAUUUCAUGAAGGAAAAAUGUUUGAGAUGACUCGCAGUGGUGCAAUUGACAUGAGCAAGAGGGAUUUUGUUGAAGAAAGGCUCCAAUUUUUCCAGAUUGGUCCUCAGAGUCCAUGUGAACGAACAGAUAUCAGGAUGGCAAUAGUAGCCGAUCACCUGGGACUUAGUUGGACAGAACUGGCAAGGGAACUGAAUUUUUCAGUGGAUGAAAUCAAUCAAAUACGUGUGGAAAAUCCAAAUUCUUUAAUUUCUCAAAGCUUCAUGUUAUUAAAAAAAUGGGUUACCAGAGAUGGAAAAAAUGCUACAACUGAUGCCUUAACUUCGGUCUUGACAAAAAUAAAUCGAAUAGAUAUAGUGACUCUGCUAGAAGGACCAAUAUUUGAUUAUGGAAAUAUUUCAGGCACCAGAAGUUUUGCAGAUGAGAACAGUGUUUUCCAUGACCCUGUUGAUGGUUGUCCUUCCCUUCAAAUGGAACUGGAAACUCCCACAGGGUUGCACUACACACCACCCACCCCUUUCCAGCAAGAUGAUUAUUUUAGUGAUAUUUCUAGCAUAGAAUCUCCCCUUAGAACCCCCAGUAGACUGAGUGAUGGGGUAGUACCUUCCCAGGGAAACAUAGCACAUUCAGCAGAUGGACCUCCAGUCGUAAUUGCAGAAGACACUUCCUUAGAAGACAGCAAACUUGAUGACUCAAUGCCUUUAACAGAAAUGCCUGAAGCAGUGGAUGUAGAUGAGAGCCAUUUGGAGACUGUAUGUCUGAGUGAGUAUUCUCAAUACCUCGGAAGUAUGGCUGGGGUCCCAUCACCAGAGCCAAUGAAACAGACUAGGAAAAUAGGAGUAAGCUCUGAGCAGCAAGAGAAAGGAAAAUCUGGUCCUGAUGAGGAGAUGACGGAAGAAACACUCAAAUCUCUGUUUGAGGACAUUCAACUUGAAGAAGGAGUAGAGUCUGAGGAGAUGACAGAAGAAAAAGUACAGGCUAUUCUUAAACGUGUUCAGCAAGCAGAACUGGAAAUGUCUUCAAUUACAGGUUGGCAGAAUGAGACACCAAGUGGAAACCUAGAGUCCCCUGCUCAAGCUCGGAGAAUAACUGGUGGGUUACUAGAUCGACUGCAUGACAGCCCUGACCAGUGUAGAGAUUCUAUUACCUCAUAUCUCAAGGGAGAACCUGGAAAAUUUGAAGCAAAUGGAAGCCAUGCAGAAGCCACUCCAGAAGCAAAGACAAAAUCUUACUUUCCAGAAUCCCAAAAUGACAUAGGAAAACAGAGUGCUAAGGAAACUCUGAAACCAAAAAUACAUGGAUCUGGUCGUGUGGAGGAGCCAGCAUCAUCAUUAGCAGCAUAUCAGAAAGCUCUAGAAGAAACCAGCAUGUUUGUAAUAGAAGAGCCUAAACCCUGCGUGCCUGUCAGUAUGAAAAAGAUGAGUAGGACUUCUCCUGCAGAUGGCAAGCCAAGGCUUAACCUCCAUGAAGAAGAGGGGUCCAGUGGGUCUGAACAAAAGGUCAAAAGUCCGGCUGCGGCUCUUAAAAGGAUGACUGCCUGCUGUUACAAGGACUUGAAAGACAGUGAGAGUGAUGCAAGCUCAGAGGAAGAACGGAGAGUCACUACCCGUGUUAUUCGCCGGCGUUUGAUUAUAAAGGGAGAGGAAGCAAAAAAUAUUCCUGGAGAAUCUGUGACAGAAGAACAGUUUACUGAUGAAGAAGGCAAUCUCAUCACAAGAAAAAUCACUCGGAAAGUAAUAAGACGAAUUGUUACCCCACCAGAGAGAAAACAUGACGACAUGCAGGGAGAAGGUUACAAGGUGAAGACAAAGAAAGAAAUCCGGCAUGCGGAAAAGAAGACUCACUCAUAACAGUUAAUGGUUAGGCAAGGAUGGUGUUUUUACUGCCAGUAUUGAGAAAUUCAUGGAUGAUAUGUCAGCAGGAAGUAAAAAUCACAGCGAUGGGGGUGUGUGUUUGCUGCUUCCACACUUUAGUGGCAUGAUUUUUUGUAUGCAAAAAGAAAAAGAAAAGCACCCACAUUUUAAUUUAGCAUGAGCCAAUUUACAGAGCAUGGAAAUUCACUUUCAUUCCCAGGACUGGCGUGUAUGCAAUUAGCAAUGCAGUGUAUAUCCAAGAAGCCAUGCUGUUAACAGUUUAUCGUAAGUAAUUUGGUGUCACUUAAAAAAGGAAGAAAUUCCUGCCGCCAUAAGUGACAGAAGGAAAUGGGACGAUCCAAUCACAGAGAAACACUAAAAUACUAAAUCCACAACAGCUCGCCUUAUUUUUCUUGGACCCAAACUGUCAGGGUAUAAACACUAUUUGUUUCUUUUUUAAAACAUCUAUAGUUUUGCUGUAAAUAAUAACACUGUAUAAAUUCUAACAGAAAAAUAGAAUAAAUGUUGAUAAGGCACUGCCUCUUAGAACACAAACAGAAUAUUACAGAUGCAUUUAACAUAAUAGGAGUCUCAAGUGACUUCAGCCUAGAAGAGGAAGAAGGGGUUCUGGGUGGGGGUAUCUUCACUGAUUCUUGUAUAUUAGCAAUUAUAAUGUUUGUAUAUGCAAAACUGCUAGCUUGAUUUAAAAGAAAAAUCUUUAAAAUCUGCAAAUUUAAAAAAUUCCAAAAAUGAGGAAUUCUGUAGUUCUGUGAAAAAAAUUUUUCUUCAGAAUACUAAUAUUUUGAUGCAUGUGUAUCACCUUAUUUUGAUUAAAUCUUUUCCAAUUUUGCAAACACUACAGUAUACUGCAACACAAAAGAUUUUAUCUGUAAACACAAAGCCCUUCAUCUAAUAUUUGUUGCUAUUGCCAAUUUUUCAAUGAAAUGACCUAAAAAAUGAAAGAAAAAAAAAACCUAUAUGGUAGUUGCUUUAGUGGGGGGGGGGGGUUGCUGUUAGUACUUAAAAGGGGGUAAUGCUUGCCGCUUUAGAGGUGGAUGGUGCUUAUAAGAGGCCCCUGUCCGGGGUGUUUAAAAUGGACUGAACAGAAAUCCUUAGCUGGUAGAAUGGCAGCACGCUGUAAAAUUAUUACUGUAUUGUGUACUGGCUAUAAGAUGUAGACACCUUUCUGUAAGCCAAUCAUUUGUAAUCAUUCUAGCAGUGUCAUAUUAGGUUAAUAAGGCUGCUGUGUUUUAAAGGGCAUUUUUUUAUUUGGAUUUUGGUGAGAUUCUUUUACUUGUUCAUUAUAUUCAUAUAAAAUCAGCAUUCAUUGACACAUAACUCUAAUGACAUAUGUAUGAAAAACCAUACACUGGAUGACCUAGUCAAUUAUUUAAGCAUAAAAUAAAUUGUGUUAAACUCUUCACCUA